UUAACCUGGUCAGAUUUGUUGUAGCAACGGCCCCUAGCAACGCAUCGGAUCCACGGAGACGGUGUGUUUAGUGAAGGAAUUCACAUUGGUCGAUGCCCCGGGUUGAGUCAGUUUUUCGAUCGCAACAUCUCACACUUGGACUUGUUUGAGAUAUCUGAGCUCUGACGGGACUAUGGGGUGCGCUGCUUCCACAAACAAUGUGGUAAAACCGCUGCCACCCGAAGUGCAGGAAGGAGACGAGGAUGAUACAGGCAGUAAACACAGCAACCGUGGAGACUCUGCAGUGUCAAAAGUCACCACAGAUAGUGGGGUGGUGAUGGAGAACAGAGAAAUCCCCGAGGUGCCGGGAAUAUUGCCCAGACGACUCCCGCCACUGAUACCAAACACAGAAAGCGAGGGAAGAGUAAAUGUACAAGAUGCCAGCCUCAGCUUCCUGCAGCAGACGAGCGCAGAACCAAAGUCCAGUGAGAUUCUGGGUGAGCCGCUGACCCGAGCCAUCUUUCCUGACCGCCAGCCCAAACAGAAGGGCAGCAUAGCCUGGGAAGCCUACAGCAUUAUGCUGGAGGACACAAAGGGGCCCCAGCGAAGGCCUCCAGCCAGACUGAAGUCCCUGAAGGCUUGGAAAGAGCAGAAUUCCCCCAGUAAAGAGGCCAUGGAGCAGAAGAUCAGGCAGGUUGAAGAGAGACGCAAGUUAAGGGAAGAUAAAUUCAAGACACUUAUGAGGGCCCAAUCAGCCUGUGUUCGACCCCCGGUCCCUGCCUCCUUUGCAAAAAACAAAGAGGACCCAACUGUCACUCCUGUGGAACCACUACAGCUGACUUCUGUGCCUGAGCCUACUGGGACCCCAAAAAACAGCAAACACUUCCAAGUUCUGCUUCACAUUCAAGCUGCUGAGGAUGGAGACUUGACAAGAGAGGGUGAAGAGGAUGACAGGGAGUGGAGCAGAGCGGUGGGCGCGGCAGAUGAAAGAGGACAGGUGCACGAGGAAGCAGCAAGCAGAGAUCCCAAGCAGCAACAGAAGAAAGGACAGAACGGAAGUGAAGAUGAUGGCGAGCUCAAAGAGGAGGAAAAUGUGGAGUUCCACCUCCUCACAGCCUCAGUGGAACUCGAAAGUGACUCUACCUUCCAACACGUAAAAGACAAUGAUGAGACAUUUUAA